UUGAUUACUUUGACUCUUGUCAAAGUCAAGUGUAGUGUCAAACAAAAAUAGGAAAAAAAUACAAAUUACAAUGAUAAAAUGGAGAUAUUGUUAAGAAUUUUACCAACUACGCCAGUAAAAUUAACUGCUUCUAGAAUUCUUUUAUGUCAUGUAGCAAAUUAUACCAGAUUGGCUGAGGUUGGAAAACUCGAACAACCGAAGGCGACAGGCAAAUAUGACACGGGACAAUUGAUUUUGCAUAAAGUAUUCGGUUAUCGUGGGGUGAUCCUGUUCCCGUGGUUGGCACGAGUGUACGAUAGGGAUGCCACCAACAAGAAGGAGAGCAAAGACUCCUCAGGUAGCUCUGAGGCGUCGGGAGACUCCCUGUCUAACGUGGGCAAGGAAGUCAAGGGCCGAACACAUACAUUCUAUCAAGUCCUAAUUGAUACCAGGGAUGCACCUUACAUACGUGCGCAAACUGAGGCGGUGACUUUCCUCGGCAACCAAGAGUCAAGCCGCAGUCUAUAUGCCAUCCCUGGGCUGGACUAUGUGGCACAUGAUGACAUUAUCCCCUAUACUUCUGUGGAGCGAGUCCCUUUGCAACAUGAGCUGUUUGACAAGUUCCUUAUGCAUAAUGCUGAUAAAGAUCCACCAUUCAUUGCUCAAGAGACUCUAAGAGCAUGGCAGAAGAAGAACCAUCCAUGGCUGGAACUGAGCGAUGUGCAUCGGGAGACGACCGAGGGUGUUCGAGUCACCGUCAUUCCAUUCUACAUGGGCAGCCGCGAGUCACAGAAUUCAGCUGUUUAUUGGUGGCGUUAUUGUAUCCGUCUGGAGAACCUGGGGUCGCAGGCGGUGCAGCUGCGCGAGCGGCACUGGCGCAUCUUCUCGCUGAGCGGCACGCUGGAGACCGUGCGCGGCCGCGGCGUGGUGGGGCAGGAGCCCGUGCUGGCCCGACACUCGCCCGCCUUCCAGUACAGCAGCCACGUCUCGCUGCAGGCGCCUAGCGGACACAUGUGGGGCACGUUCAGAAUGGAACGUGAAGACGGCUACACAUUUGACUGUCGGAUUCCACCGUUUUCGUUGGAGAGUAAACCUGACGAGAGCUCCCCGGCCGCGCCCACCGCCGCCGCGUGACCGCUCUCACCGCGCUACGGUUCACUCCGACACUUACCGCGACUGACCGGACACAAACUGCCUCUACACUUCAUUUGAGUAGGCAUAAACAAUCUUGAUAGAACUUUUUAUAAAAAUACACAUUAAACAAAUAAACUAGGGCUUAAAAUAAUGAUUGAAUUGAUUAAGUUGUUAUUAUUGUAUUUACACUGAUUUUUUGCCGAAUUUUAUUUUUAAAUGAGUUUUCAAAUAAAAAGUUAUAUCAUGUUUGUUUAUCUUUAGUUGAAUGCCUAUUCAAAUGGAGUACAGACUUGGCGUUCUAAUGUACAGUUCUUUUAAGAAAACUGUGCAUUUCCGAGUCUCUUGCGCGUCUGUGGCCUGUUGGAACCGGACAACUCAAAGCAAACCGACUAUAUUACGCGAUCCUAGACAUUGACUAUCCACGGCUCGCCGGGAUGUGAUGAAUAACCUUUGAUUGUGAUAUUCUUCAACAGUCAGUCAUAGUCAUCGCUGUUUAUAGAGGAAUGAUCAUAUGCCUGUUAGCUUUAUUUAUUAUGUUGUUGUUGAGCGUAGAUUGAAAUUCUUCGAAAAUAUUCAUUACAUCCUUUGUUUUGUAAAGAAUUAAAUCAUUAGUUAUUUUAAAAUAAUUCCUAGAUCUGUAAUAAAUUACAGUAUUCUGUUUGAAAAGUUUUA